AUGGAAUUUCUUACCUGGGUUUUUCCUGCCUUGGUUCUACUGUGCACCCAACAGCACAGGUGUAUCAGAGCUAUGAAUGACAUCGGAGAUUACAUAGGUUCCAACAUCGAAAUAUCCUGGUUACCCAACCUGGAUGAUUUAAUGAAAGGGUAUGCACGUAAUUUCAGGCCUGGGAUUGGAGGUCCUCCUGUUAAUGUUGCUCUUGCAAUUGAAGUAGCCAGCAUUGACCACAUCUCAGAAGUGAACAUGGAAUAUACCAUGACGGUAUUUUUGCACCAGAGCUGGCGAGAUGACCGUCUGUCUUACAACCACACCAAUGAAACUUUGGGCUUAGACAGCCGGUUUGUGGACAAGCUCUGGUUGCCAGAUACUUUCAUAGUAAAUGCCAAGUCUGCCUGGUUCCAUGAUGUGACUGUGGAAAACAAACUUAUCAGGCUCCAGCCAGAUGGAGUCAUUUUAUACAGUAUCAGGAUUACCUCAACAGUGGCCUGUGACAUGGACCUUUCCAAGUAUCCAAUGGAUGAGCAAGAAUGCAUGUUGGAUUUGGAGAGCUAUGGCUACUCUUCAGAGGACAUCGUCUACCACUGGUCAGAAAACCAGGAGGAGAUCCAUGGGCUGGAUAAGCUACAGCUCGCUCAAUUCACAAUUACCAAUUACCAGUUCACAACAGAAAUGAUGAACUUCAAAUCUGCAGGUCAGUUUCCCAGGCUCAGUCUCCACUUCCACCUUCGGCGAAACCGAGGAGUUUACAUCAUUCAGUCUUAUGUUCCUUCUAUCUUACUAGUGGCCAUGUCAUGGGUAUCCUUCUGGAUCAGUCAGUCAGCUGUGCCUGCCAGAGUGUCAUUAGGUAUAACUACUGUUCUUACUAUGACUACACUGAUGGUCAGUGCCCGAUCUUCGCUUCCACGAGCAUCUGCCAUCAAGGCGCUUGAUGUUUACUUCUGGAUUUGCUAUGUGUUUGUCUUUGCUGCACUGGUAGAAUAUGCAUUUGCACAUUUCAAUGCUGACUACAUGAAAAAGCAGAAGAACAAGAUAAAGGCAAGAAGGCAGAGUGGAGAGAUAAACGUGAAGAAUGCCAUUGUUCUGUUUUCCCUUUCCAUAGCUGGUGUGAACCAGGAACUGGCCAUUUCCAAUAGGCAGCACCGAAUUCCCAGAAGCCUGCCUGGAUCAUAUGGCACAAUAGAAAUAGAAACUGGAGAGACAAAACAGCACCAAGUAAUGAAACUGGAUAAAAAGAGUGGUCUGAAGUCCCUCUUUAAGCCCAUUGAUGCUGAUACCAUUGAUAUAUAUGCCAGAGCUGUGUUCCCAGCAGCCUUUGCAGCAGUCAAUGUUAUAUACUGGGUUGCAUACACAAUGUAA